AUGGCGGCCACCGCGGGCAGAUCGCUGCUGCUCCUCCUCCUCUCCCGGACUCCCGGCGGCGGAGGAGGGGCGGCGGCGGCGCUGACAGCCGCGGGCUGCUUCCCAGCCCUGGGCAGGCACCGCCAGCAGCCGCCGCCGCGACACAGGACGGUACACCAAAGGCUUCUUCCAUGGCAAAGCAUGAGAGUGGUCUAUUGCAGUACUAUAGUGCCCUCUGAUGAUGUAACAGUGGUUUAUCAAAACGGGUUACCUGUGAUAUCUGUGAAUCUUCCAUCCCGCCGUGAGCGUUGCCAGUUUACACUUAAGCCUAUCUCAGACUCCGUUGGAGUAUUCUUACGACAGCUGCAGGCAGAAGAUCGGGGAAUUGAUCGAGUCGCAAUCUAUUCACCAGAUGGCACGCGAGUAGCCUCUUCAACAGGCAUAGAUCUUCUACUCCUUGAUGAUUUCAAACUAGUAAUUAAUGACUUGACUUACCAUGUUCGUCCACCAAAGAGAGACCUUCUAAGCCACGAAGAUGCAACCACGCUGAAUGACGUAAAGACACUGGUUCAACAGCUGUACACUACACUGUGUAUUGAGGAACACCAGCUGAAUAAGGAGAAGGAACUCAUUGGACGGCUAGAAGAUCUCAAGCAGCAGCUAGCUCCCCUGGAGAAGGCUAGAAUAGAAAUCUGCAGAAAAGCAGAAAAGAGGACCACCUGGGUGCUGUGGGGUGGGCUGGCUUACAUGGCCACUCAGUUCGGGAUUCUGGCCCGACUCACCUGGUGGGAGUACUCUUGGGACAUUAUGGAGCCUGUUACCUACUUCAUCACGUACGGCAGUGCCAUGGCAAUGUACGCAUACUUCGUAGUAACGCGCCAGGAGUAUGUAUACCCAGAUGCCAGAGACAGGCAAUUCUUAUUAUUUUUCCAUAAAGGAGCCAAAAAGACACGUUUUGACCUAGAAAAAUACAAUCAACUCAAGGAUGCUAUUGCUCAGGCAGAAUUGGAUCUUACGAGGCUUCGAGACCCCUUGCAGGUACAUUUGCCUAUCCGACAAAUCAGCACCAAAGACUGAUUAGCUUGAGGACCUCUGAUCCCUGGCAGAAAUGGCAAAACCUGUUCAUAUCUCUUGCCUCUUCAAUUAAAGCAUUGCAGGUUGAAGCUGGGAGGUCUCCUGGGGGGCGGAGGACUUUUUUUUACCAGUAAAAAACAGAACAAGGAUCUUGGCUGUGGAGGGGGCCACUGUGUUCAAUCCGAAGAUCAGGCACUGUGGGAUGUUAAGUCUUUUCAAAGGGCUUGGGUGAAUAUUGUCACAUUCAAGAGUUCUUUGUUUCUGGAUCAAAAAUAUAUAUUUAAAAGUCAGGUGUUUCAAGAAAAGAAUGUUAAGAGGGGCAUAUUUUCCCAGUUUUGCAGUGUCUGCCUCUUGAUGAUGCACCAGCAGCCUGCUCAGUUUUUGCCUUUGGGGGUGGGGUGGGGGACACAAAAACAAAAACACCCUAAUUGAAAACACCGGUAUUAACAGUGCACAAAAUAAAAGUGAAGAGAUUAAAAAAUCAAACCAUCUUAAGAAGCCAUGGCUGGUGAUCGGCACUAGUGCUCUGCCUUCAUAUAAUGUUCCACUUUGGUGUCAUCAGUGUGCACUUUAGAUUAGACCUACAAUGUCUUUUAUGACAUUAAUGUGAAACUGCUUUUUAACUUUGGAAAGAUCAGAAGCUCUCCCCCCCCCCCCCCUUCACUUAUUGGCAGCCAGAUUUCCUUCUUUUACUGGGUGAUGUGAUUCCCACAUUGAUCAGUUUUAUCAGAACCACAGACUAAAUAACUGUUAUUCUGAAUGUUUGAUAAUUGAUCACUUUGCAUUACUCUUGAAUAACUUCAGUAGAUCACACUGCCCUGGAUCUACUUCUAGAUAUAAAUGGUGAUGUUGCAUGAAACAAUUUCUUAUUCAGUCUUAAGGGAGCAAUCUCCCCCCAACCCUGGCCAAUCCUUUCCAUCCCAAAUCUGGUAGCCACUGGGAUUACCAAAUUAAAAGGAUUUUUUUUUUAAAUGGGGGUGGAUGAAAUAUUUUUUUAAUGGGUACUUAGCUCAAAAAACCAUGGCUUUCUAACCCAACAGUGUAGAAUGGGGACAAUUAAAUUUGAUGUUUGCAUAGCAGAAUUAAUUAUGUGUCUUGAUGAGAUUGCCUGUCCUGGAGGCUUUAUCGAAAGCCUGAAGCAGAAGACAAAUGAAGAAUCCCAUGUUGCUUCUCAAGCCCUCUUUAAAGUAGCUUUAAAUGAAUGCUCUGAUGUUUAAGGGUCAGGGUUUCGGUGGGGUGACAGAGAUAGCAACACCCUUCCUUAUUUAAACAAUUAAGGAAAUGGUUCUCCUCACCCUCUACCUCUUGCAAACCAGCUGAUUUUUUUUUCCCAUGUGGGUCUCGCAUCCUGCACUGAGUGGAAUCAGCCCCUGACCAUCCUGUUUGAUAAAAGCCUGUGAGGACAGGAUGGAGGUUGGAGGAGGGAUCUGCGCGUGAUUUGCAGAAAGGCCGGGUGUUUCCUUUGCUACUUCUCACUGUGUCAAGGCGAGAGGCUCCCACUUUCUGGAGAACCAUGUUUUAAAGUGUACAAAAUAAAUAUAAACCAGACGCCAGGUGCCUUGCAGCUGUGGAAACACAAGACGGGAUUGUUGCCACCGCCUCUCCCUCAAUGGCAUGUUGGACUGAAUGGAUGCAUGUUCCAAGGUGUUUUUCUCUCCCCGCCUUUCUUCCCCCCCCCCUCUCAUUUUGUUAUGUUUUCAAUUAUGUUUUGGAUUUUGUUCCUCUUCUGGUUCUUUUUUUUUAAUGAUCUGUUUGAUCCUCUUUGUAUGCAACAUUUAAAAAGAAAGAAAAUGAGCAGUCUUGUUAACUGAACUGUUUGUGUGUGUUUGGGGUGAGGGAGGGGGCAUGGAGAAAAGUCCUUAAAAAUAAAAUACUGAACAUGUGUAAAAAUCCUGUAUCAUUUAUUAAAUAUGUAUAAAAGAGCAAUGUACUUC